AUGCUCAUAGUGAUAAGCAAGAACAACAUAGCGGUAGACAAACCUGAAUGGUGUUCUUCAGCUGAAGACAUCUGGGUUUCAUUGACUCUACAAUUCCCUCAUUCUAAGCGCAACAUAAAACUUAACGUAUUCACUGUUUACCUUUGUACCGAAAACAUGGGUGCUUCCUUCUCUGAUCAAGUUGAUAACUUUGUCAGUACUACAUUAAAGUUACUUAUAUCAGCAUAUUCUAAUGACAAAUUUCUCAAUAUAGGUGAUUUUAAUAUUGGUUCUAUUAUCUGGUUUAAUACUUCAACUGGUUCCAAAUCUUGCGGUGCUAAAGGUGAACUUGUGCAAUAUUUCAUUGAAACUUAA